UUCAGUGGUGUGACGUUUCUGCUUUAUAAAGGUAGCCACGAGUCGGUUGUCUCAAGAGAAACCAUUUUGGGGGAAGGGUGAGAGGCGGCUUCGCGAACAGGCAGCAUCGAGGAGGCCGAGUCCGCACGCACCGCGACUGUUUUAAGACGUGAUCCCCUUGCUCGAGUGAUCGAAAAUGGCAGAGACCGAGCAGCAGUACAUGGAAACCUCCGAGAACGGCCAUGAGACUGCACAGGGUGACUCCGCCGACACGAAACAGUCCGUGAUGCCGGUAGGCCAAAAUGGCUCCGAGGGGGAGCAGAUCGAUGCAAGCAAAGCCGAGGAGGACGCAGGGUGCGUACCUGAUAUUUCUCCCAGUGUAAAUCAAGCAGCGAAAAUGUUUGUUGGAGGUCUCAGCUGGGACACGAGCAAGAAAGACUUGAAAGAUUAUUUUUCAAAGUUUGGGGAGGUAUCGGAUUGUACAAUCAAGAUGGACUCUAAUACAGGAAGAUCUAGAGGUUUUGGAUUCAUUCUUUUUAAAGAUGCUCCAAGUGUUGACAAGGUUCUGGAACAGAAAGAACACAGAUUGGAUGGGAGGCUGAUUGACCCUAAAAAGGCAAUGGCAAUGAAGAAAGAUCCAAUAAAGAAAAUAUUUGUUGGCGGGUUGAAUCCAGAAGCUGGAGAAGAUAAAAUAAGGGAAUACUUUGUAACGUUUGGAGAGAUUGAAUCAGUUGAACUUCCAAUGGAUCCAAAAACUAAUAAAAGAAGAGGCUUUGUUUUCAUUACAUUUAAAGAAGAAGAACCUGUAAAAAAGAUAUUGGAAAAGAAGUUUCAUAACGUCAGUGGUAGCAAGUGUGAGAUCAAGAUUGCCCAACCAAAAGAAGUAUAUCAGCAACAGUAUGGUGGACGAGGAGGUUUUGGUGGUAGAGGUGGACGGGGUGGAAAAGGUCAAGGACAGAGUUGGAAUCAAGGAUACAACAAUUACUGGAACCAAGGUUAUGGCAAUCAGGGAUAUGGCUAUGGCCAACAGGGAUAUAGUGGCUAUGGAAACUAUGACUACUCUGGAUAUGGGUAUUAUGGAUAUGGACCAGGUUAUGAUUACAGUCAGGGCAGUGCAAAUUAUGGCAAAGCUCCUAGACGUGGUGGCCAUCAAAAUAACUACAAGCCAUAUUGAAUUUCUUCAGGUUAAAUACAGCUGAUUUUUGGGGCCUGCUUAAACUGCAGCUCUGCAUCUAGGAACUGCCUUUUGGAGUUAAGUAUGGACUCUCGCUCCUUUUGUACAGAAGGCUUCAUCCUAGGGAACCAGUGUCAACUUCCACCUUUUUAUUUAGUAUUGUUUGUGUCAUACAUUUCCAGAUUUGGAAGUGUUAAUUUUACUGUACUUUUUGGUACCUUUUUGGAUUCUAAUGUAUUGUAAGGUAUUUUACAUGUGCAAAUUCACCAUUACAUUUUUGAAGCUAUCAAAGCUUUUGAAAUAAAAUCAACUUUGAGUAACCUG